UUUUGUCACGCGCAGCGCGCAGUUCAGUCAGUCAGACAAUCAGAAUUUAUUUAUUUGCCUGUCUUGUAUAUUGUUUUUAUCAACAAAUAACUAAUUUCAAUUUUAGUCAGUGUAGCUGUAGAAGUUGUGGUCGAUCCACAGUUAUGUAGAUAUUUCGUGUUUAAUAAGAGUAUUUAUCCAAUGUAAUUAGUCGAAAUUGUGGAGUGUUUUGUUAGUAUAUAACUGAAUGCGUACAAGAUGCCUGUGACACUCGUAGACAGGUUGCCCUUGCCGAGUCUCAAGGUUUACACCGCGGGAAGUGUUGUGCUGCUGUCGAGUGCAGUGUACUAUGCGUUGAGUGUGACGAGUGACCCGAACUGGCGAGCGAACUCGACGCUGCAGCGCGAUAUGGCUGCGGAAGGCGAUCCUGGUGCGGCGCUGGUCGUCAACGGCACCAGGAAUAUUACAGAGCAGUUCGUGGAAGUCAUGACUUUCAUGAUGCAGGAGCCACUGUGUAUGUGGACCGUGAUCAACAUAGCGUUCUGCUGCCUUGGGCUGCUCGGCUAUCUCGUCCAGAGGAUAGUGUUCGGGCGUCUUCGUGUGUCCGAGGCCCAACGAGUCAAGGACAAGUUCUGGAACUACGUGUUUUACAAGUUCAUCUUCGUGUUCGGCGUGAUCAAUGUGCAGUACAUGGACGAGGUGCUGCUGUGGUGCUGCUGGUUCACGGUGCUCGGCUUCCUGCAGCUCCACACGCAGCUGUGCAAGGAUAGGUUCGAUUAUUUGUCAUCAUCUCCAAACACGGGCCGUUGGGCGCACGUGCGGCUGCUGACCCUACUGGCGUUCGUGCAGACUGCCAGCGCCGCGCUGCUGGUAGUGUGCGCCUUGUGGGGUCUGCCGCAUGGCUUGGACGUGUUCGUGUUCAUGGCGGCGGAGUGUGUAUUGGUGUUGAUAUCGGCGUUGCACGUGGUGGCUCGCUACAUCCUGCAGAUGUACGAGGCGGACGCGGCCGGCCAUCUCGCUUACUAUACGCAUUUGUCGUUUGAGUCGUCGCUGCUGGUGGUGGAGCUGCUGGACGUGGUGCACAUGGUGGUGUAUAGCAACAUGCUGGUGUCCAUGGCGUCGCUGGUGCUGCUGAUGCAGAUGCGGCACUUGCUGCACGAGCUGCAGGCGCGCCUGCGCCGGCACCGCCUCUACACGGAGCUGGCCGACCACAUGAGUCGCAAUUACCCGAUGGCGAGCAAGGAGGAAGUGGAGAAGAACCAGGACAACUGCGCCAUCUGUUGGGAGCCGAUGAAGGAAGCGCGCAAGCUGCCUUGUUCGCAUCUAUUCCACAACUCGUGCCUGUGCCAGUGGGUGCAGCAGGACGCGUCGUGCCCGACGUGCCGCCGCGCGCUGGCCGGCGCUGCGCCCGCGCGCGCGUCGCCCGCCAACCAUCUCUUCCACUUCGACGGUUCCCGGUACGUGUCGUGGCUGCCGAGUUUCUCGGUGGAGGUGACUCGAGUGCGGGCGGAGCGCGCGCCCGCGCCGCCUGCCGUUGAGGCCAUGGCCCGCCAGGUGCAACAGAUGUUCCCGCAGUUCCCGCUGGGCGUGCUGGCGGGCGACCUGCAGAGCACGCGCUCGGCCGACCUCACCGUCGACAACAUCCUGGAGGGCCGCCUCGCCCCGCCCCCCACACCACACACACCCGCCACACCCGCCACACGACCCAUUGCUGUCGAACCUAUGGCCGAAGAAUCGGCGCCCUCGAGAGCGAGACCAAGCGAUCAUCCUAUCGCAGCGCUCGCAAGCGUCGAUCAAAGUACGGAUACGAGCAUCAACCCUCGCUUCUCACCGUCCGUGAUCGAGCGACAGAAAACUCUAGAAAGACGCAAAGCGGCGCUCGUGGCCGCCGCGAGACAGAAGUACCUGGACCGCGUGUCCGCGCGACAACACAGCUGAGACCACAGCUCGUCGCGCGCAGCGGCUGCCGCCAGCCGCCGCACAUCCGACGCGAUAUUACUCGACUCAGCAUAGAAAGUGCUAGAUUUAUUUAAUUAAUCUGACAUAUCUGCCGCACUAAGUGCGAUAAAAUUCAACGGUAACACUCAUUGAAAUAGAAAUGUUAAAGAGAAUGCCGAUCUAACAAGUGUACCACAUGAAUGCGAUAUAUGAUUAGCGUUUCCAGCUGUAAGUUUGUGUUUCUCGUGAUACGAUUGCAUAGAUAGCUACAAUCAUAUUUAUGAGAAUUUUGUCUCACAAACGAACAAAGAUAUAUUUGAACCAUCAAACUUUUGUACCUAUAGCACGUCGGUGUAUUACUGAGGUCAGCGAUAUUGGUUUACAAGAUUAGUAUAUUACAAAAAUUCCAAUGAGCCUCCGUAGCAAGUUUUUAAACGCAAUGAAUCGCGAUCACAACGACACUGACAAGCAAUCGUUCUCGCCAAAUGAUACGGUUCUGUUACACAUCCACCCGGUUAUAAUCGCGCUCAGUACAGAACAUAUGGGGGUUUAUAUAUCCCUGGUGCCGAACAAUGAGCUCGCCCGGCAUUCAUUUGAAAGAAAUAUUAUAUAGACCGAGGUAACUUAGUCCACGCCACGAGAUGGCCCGGCUGUAGCAGGAUAUCAAUAACAGGUUUGCAACGUUGUUGUUGUUAUCGACUGUAGCGCCAGGAUCUGGGGGACUUCUAUCGUGUCGCGGACUCUACAGACUACUUUCAGUUACACCACAAAACUAACAGGAAUUAAGCUUUGCCCCUUAUAGAACACAGUUGUAUCAUAGUCUAAUGAUGAACUGCUUUUAAUAAUGUUUUCAUGAUCUCAUACAAGUAAAAGUUAUGUGAACUUAUGUAAUUGGCAGUACAAAAUUACAUUAUGAUUAAAUAGCAAUUUUCGUAGACAACAUUGUUUAUUACUACGUUUUUUGAAAUGUUGGUAAAAUUAAUAUCUGCGGAGCUGUAGUGAGGACGUACUGAGCUGCGACUCUCGAGAAAUGACUUAUUGACUGUAUCGCCUCCAGUGACGCGGUCGGGAUAAAUUCACCUUUUUAGCGUGGUUUCCCGCUAAUGUUCAUAUGUAGCAAGUGAAGAAAAAAUAAGAUUGGCUAUAUUUAAAAAUUAUAUGUAAAUUACGCUUGAAUUUUCUUCAUUUGCCAUUUAAUAAUAAUAUAUAUACAGCAUUUAGUGGAAAGUCAGGCUAAAGUAAAGAAAACAUUAACAAAUUUGACAUCCGUGUGAGAUGGGUUAGCUGCGGUCAUGGCGCGGAGCUGCAAGAGAUGAAAUAUUUUGAGCUGUGACUUGUGUCUGCAGAAAACAUUGUAAAUUAUUUGUGGAUAUUUUUAUUUUUAAAGCCAUGUAGUCGUAAUUAUUCACUUUUUGUGAUAUUUUCAUUAGAAAAUUGGAUGUAGUUUAACGUAAUUUAAGCAUUAGUGAUUAGGGUUGCCAGAUUCUGAUAUGAGCUUGCUUAUUCAAAAAGAUUUCAAAGCCUAAUGUGAAAUUUACCAUAAAUAAGCAACAUUUUUAACUAUACAUCAGGCAACCCUAAAACUGAGUGAAGAAAAAAAGUGAAAAAAGAAAAAACUCACUCAUCUAUCGUUUGUUGUUAUCUAUGUCCAUGUCCUCGCCGUCGCCAACAAGUGUUGGUUGUCGUCGACUUAUACGGCUACUAUUUAUUUUUCUACAAAAAUUUCAGAGUGUAUUUUUCUAUUUUACUUAUUGUUAUUGCAUGCUUAACUAGAAACAAUAAUUUUCGCCUACAUACAUAAUAUGUCUGUUCAUAUUUUUUAUCUCUAGGAAUGUUUAAAUGUGUAAUUUAUCUGUUCCAAAAAAAUUUAUACAUUUCAUUUUUGUAUUUAUUUAGACGGAGAUAACCGUCUUCUACUUUUACAUGAAACAACUGUGUACAUAUGGCAAUCUAAAUUAUUGUAGAUACUUUAUAUUCAUAAAAAAAUGUACUACAAUCAUACAUUUUAGUGACAUAUGUAUGUAGCUUUUUCUUUCUUGAUUUUUAAUAUUUGACAAGGAAAUAAGAUGGAAUAAUGCUUAUUGUAUUUAUGGAUAAGAGUGCAAUUGGCAACCCCUUAGAAAUUUCUUAAACAAAAUUGUCAUAUGGCAGUGUGAUUCGAGUAGAAUGUGUGUUCUCUCCGUCUGUUAUCGUACAUUAUUUACAUGUAUUAAAAAAAAAAACAAAAAAAGUAUGGUACCACUGUACUUCAUUUUCAUAAUAGAAAUUAAGUUUUGUUAAUAUUUAAAAAAUAUAUUUUUAUUUUUUUAAAAGUUUAGAUAUAUGUAUUGUAUUUAAUUAUAUGUAUCACUUAUUUAUUUAUGUCUUGGCCUAUGAAUUGCUAUUUUUUUAAUAAUUUAAAAAGAUACUAAAUGUCCAUAUAUUGUUUAAAGUUUAUCAAGGGAAACCCUCAAAAUUAUAAGCUAAGUAAAUGUUCAAGAAAAACUGUAUCCAACCUGAAACACUUUAAAUUGCAGUUUACUUUUUAAGUAAAAUUUUAUUUAAAUUGCAAUUGAUUUUAUCAUUGGAAUUUAAUCCUUGGAAGAUAAUGAUUAUGGGGUUGACAAUAUUUUGAAUUUAACAGAAAAGUUGUGUAAAAACAAAGGCCAUUACAUUGCAAGGUACUUAUUUAUAUACUUUAAAUAAGUUGACCAUACAUUUACAGUUAUUAUAAGAUAGGUUAACUGUUGUUACACUACUCGGUAUAAAAUACAUUGUUUUAAAAUUGAUUCAAAACUAGUCAAAAUAAAACAUUACUAAUGGAAAA